CCUGCACCCACCUCCCCGGCCCCAGGCACGCUGCAGCUCGCGCGAACGCUCGGGCCCCGGUGGCCGCAAACUCGCAGGCACGCACGGCGCUCGCGGGGCGCAAGGACUCCGGGAGAGCAGCGUGCGAAGGCGCCAGCUUCCUCGUGCCCGCCCCUCGCAGCCGCCCGCCGAGCUCGGAGGAACCGGCGGCCCCAGCCCGGCAGAGGCGAGCCGCGGCGGCGGCUUCUGUUUCCUCUCGCAGCCCAGCACUGGAGCGGCUCAGGGACUGGCCCUAAAAAGAGAAGGAAACCUUGUUUACCGCCCGCGGAGAGGAGCCGAGCGAGCCUUUGUCUGGGAAGCUAGCAUCUUGGGCUCCGGUUGUACUGUGUUCUUGGUGACAUUAGCAUUGGGCGGACCGGCCGCAGGGGGGGUCGCCAGGUUCCUUUCUCGUUUCGGAGGCGGAUCAAGUGGGUGACUUUUGUGCAUUCGUUUUCAUUUUUGGAAUCUCGAUUUUUCCCCCUCUCCCGAGCCCGCCUCCGGGCAUGUCCUGAUCUUCCUACUGCCCCGGGCUGCCGAUCGGAGCCUUCGCCUGCGGGUCUCCCUCCUUUCCCGACUUUGCAACACCGCGUUCCGGGAGGACAGAUCUCAGCGAGGCAGGAGGCGGGGAAGCGGCGAACACCCGGACCCAAACCUUGACAUGCUCUGGGGCGGAAAGGCGACAGCCAGGAACUGAGAGGGCUGCCGGGGUGCUCCGCGGGCCGGCUCCGAGAGCUCUGUCCGCGCCUGGGCGGCAGCCUUGUCGGUCUGGGAGGCGCCCCCAGCUUCCCGCCCCAGGUGUUGGCAGCAAGCAGGACCAUGCUGCUGAAGGAGUAUCGGAUCUGCAUGCCCCUCACUGUGGACGAGUACAAAAUUGGACAGCUGUACAUGAUCAGCAAGCACAGCCAUGAACAGAGUGACCGAGGAGAAGGGGUGGAGGUUGUCCAGAACGAACCCUUCGAGGACCCUAACCAUGGCAACGGACAGUUCACCGAAAAGCGGGUGUAUCUCAACAGCAAACUGCCUAGUUGGGCUAGAGCUGUUGUCCCCAAAAUAUUUUACGUUACCGAGAAGGCUUGGAACUAUUAUCCCUACACAAUUACAGAAUACACAUGUUCUUUCCUGCCGAAAUUCUCCAUUCAUAUAGAAACCAAGUACGAAGACAACAAAGGAAUCAACAACAGUAUUUUUGACAAUGAAGCCAAAGACACAGAGAGAGAAGUUUGCUUUAUCGACAUUGCCUGCGAUGAAAUUCCAGAACGUUACUACAAGGAGUCUGAGGAUCCUAAACACUUCAAGUCAGAGAAGACAGGACGGGGACAGUUGAGGGAAGGCUGGAGGGACAAUCAUCAGCCCAUCAUGUGUUCCUACAAGCUGGUGACCGUGAAGUUUGAAGUCUGGGGGCUUCAGACCAGAGUGGAACAAUUUGUACACAAGGUGGUCCGAGACAUUCUGCUGAUUGGCCAUAGACAGGCUUUUGCGUGGGUUGAUGAGUGGUACGAUAUGACAAUGGAUGAUGUUCGAGAAUACGAGAAAAACAUGCAUGAACAAACCAACAUAAAAGUUUGCAAUCAGCAUUCCUCCACUGUGGAUGACAUAGAGAACCAUGCCAAAACAAGUACAUGACAAUGGAUGAAGUCCGAGAAUUUGAACGAGCCACUCAGGAAGCUACCAACAAGAAAAUUGGCGUUUUCCCCCCUGCGAUUUCUAUCUCGAGCAUCUCCCUGCUGCCUUCUUCCAUCCGCAGUGCUCCUUCUAGCGCUCCAUCCACACCUCUCUCCACAGACCCACCCGAAUUCCUCUCAGUCCCCAGAGAUCGGCCCCGGAAAAAGUCCGCCCCAGAAACUCUCACGCUUCCAGACCCUGAGAAAAAAGCCACCCUGAAUUUACCUGGCAUGCACUCUUCAGAUAAGCCAUGUCGGCCCAAGUCAGAGUAACCUGUACUGGGGAGAUUUCAUGGGGUUUUAUAUUUUCA